GGUUACAUUACGAUUCAGCUGCUUUUUAUUUUUCUGCGUUUUGCAAUUUGCACCCACUGAUCUACCUCGCGACUCGUCCUUUCUCUCCGAGUUGACUCGCGAGUUAUAUAUAUCGAGAGAAAGGCGAUAGUACGAUAGAGCUUACGGUUAACAAUGGACGACGAAGCCGUUCGUGGCGAUUCUCGACUCAACACCUGCGUCGUCCUCAACGGACGAGGCUUCGUUGGCCGAUCGCUCGUCUCCAGAUUGCUCCGGCUCGGAAACUGGACGGUCCGAGUCGCUGAUUCCGCUCAGACUCUCAAUCUCGACGAGUCCGAUUCGGUCCUCGUCGACGCUCUCUCCUCCGGCCGCGCUUCGUAUCACUGCGUCGAUGUUCGCGAUAAACCUCAGAUCGUUAAAGUUACUGAAGGCUCGUACGUUGUGUUCUACAUGGGAGCUGAUGAUUUGCGUUCACAUGAUUACUUUUAUUGCUACAAGGUUUUGGUUCAAGGUACGAGGAAUGUGAUAUCCGCUUGUUGCGAGUCUGGAGUUAGAAAACUUAUCUACAACAGUACUGCUGACGUUGUGUUUGACGGUUCUGAAGCUAUUCGUGAUGGUGAUGAAUCCUUGAGACGUCCUUUGAAGUUUCCGUCCAUGUUGACAGACUUCAAAGCUCAAGCGGAAGCGUUGAUUAAGUUUGCUAACAACCGUGAUGGUUUGUUAACUUGUGCACUUCGCUCGAGCAUUGUGUUUGGACCUGGUGAUACUGAGUUUGUUCCUUUCCUUGUGAAUCUAGCCAAAUCUGGAUAUGCAAAGUUUAAAAUCGGAAAUGGUGAAAAUUUGUCUGAUUUCACUUACUCUGACAACGUUGCUCAUGCGCAUAUUUGUGCCGUGGAUGCACUAGAUUCACAUAUGGAAUCUGUAGCUGGAAAGGAAUUCUUUAUCACUAACCUCAAGCCUGUCAAGUUCUGGGACUUUGUAAGCCACAUCGUUGAAGGUUUGGGAUACCCGAGACCAUCCACUAAACUUCCUGUUCCACUGGUUUCGUUUGUCUUGUCACUUCUUAAAUGGACACAAGAAAAGGAGGGCACUGGAGGUUAUUAUGACACAGCUCAUCAGUUUGCUCUCUUAGCUUCCUCAACGAGAACUUUUAACUGCAAUGCUGCUAAGAAGCAUCUUGGUUACACACCUGUUGUGACACUUGAAGAUGGCAUUGCAUCAACGGUUCAGUGGUUCUCUCGCGAUCUUGAGAAAUCUGAUGAUACGGCCAUUCAAUCUAAAGCAGAUCAGCUUCUUGGUUGUGGAAAAGUUGCAGACAUCUUACUGUGGAGAAAUGAGAAGAAUACAUUUGUUUCUUUUGUUGUCCUCAACUUGUUAUAUUACUGGUUCUUCUCUUCUGGAAGCACAUUUACUUCAUCUGCAGCCCAACUUCUGUUUGUACUUGCUGUUGCUCUCUAUGGACUCUCUUUUGUGCCGUCAAAGAUCUUUGGGUUUCUUCAAGUCAAGAAAAUACCUCCGUGGAGAUUUGAGAUCUCGGAGUCUGCAGUGAGAGAUCUUAGCAGGGAUAUCGUAGUUGCAUGGAACCACGGAGUUCGCAGUUUAAAUUCAUUAAGCAGAGGAGGAGACUGGAUCAAGUUCUUCAAGAUUGCAGGAUCACUAUAUCUCAUCAAACUGCUCGUAUCCCGUUCCUUGGCAACAUUUCUCUUCACAGCGAUGUCAUUCUCCUUCACUGCCUUCUUCGUCUAUGAGCAAUACGAGGUUGAGCUCUAUCACAUAGCCCGGAUCUUCAUCGAAUGCUUAACAGUUGUUAAAGAAAUGGCGCUGAAGAAUCUGCCUCUACCUGAUGCUUCAUCUAAACCAAUGUUCAUGUGAAAGCUUCCAAGUCAAGGCGACAAUCUCAGAGACUAACAUCAGUUACUAAAUGUCUAUAUACUUGCAAAGAUGCUAUUAAAAAGUUCUUAUUUUCAGACUGUAAUUUGGUGACAGACGAUUGAACAAUAAUUUUUACGAAUUUGCCAUGAUUAAUUUACGAAUUUGCCAAAAUUACUAUAAAACGCACCGUUUCGACCUACUUCGCAGAAUCCAAAAAGAAAAUAGUUAUAUACUUAUUUUUUUAAUUUGUUUAUUUUAUCCUUUAAAGAGCCGCCGCAAGGAUUGGAUCGCUCUUUAUCUCUCUAUCUUCAAUCUCGACCUAGGGUUCUCUCUCUCGUCUUCUCUUUAGGUACAAUUUGAAGACGAAUCCAUCUCUCUCUCUCUGAUUGUUCUCUAGCUCAACGAACUAUCGAUUCAUCGCUCAAUUCCAUCUCCUGGAUAUUCGAAUCCCGAGCCUUAGCAUCUCCGAUUCAACCAAACCACACCUCUGUACGAUGGCGGCAGCGAUGAAGCCCUUCAGAGGACGCGAAUCCGACGAUUCCGGCUUCACAUCGAACAAUCUAUGGGUGGGCAGCAUCACGAUGGAUACGACGGAGUCAGAUCUGACGGAAUUAUUCGGAAGGUUCGGCGACAUCGACAGAAUCACGGCCUAUUCGUCCCGCGGAUUCGCGUUUAUAUACUACCGACACGUGGAGGAAGCGGUGGCGGCGAAGGAGGCGCUACAGGGGACGAAUCUGAACGGGGGACUGUUGAAGAUCCAAUACGCGCGACCGGUUUGUUCUAAUCUCCUUGAUUCGUUAGGAUUAUCAAAUAAUAUUCGUUUGUUUGUUGACUUUGAUUGUCUCGUAUCGAUGAUUACACUGUUUUCGCGAAUUCAAACUACUCUAGGUUUGUUUAUUAACUUUGAUUGUUUCUUAUCAAUGAUUACAAAACUGUGCCCCGAUUCA